CCGACUGUAGAAUGAUCGUACAAAGAGUGAGAACUGUGUGAGAAGAGACUCUCUGCUACAGAGACAGAAAAGGUUAGAAAGGCAUCUAGUCAUCUGUGAGUUUUCCUCAACGGCGGUAGCAGAAUCCUAACCUUCGACACGUAUAAACCCUACCUGCUGUUACUCUACUGUCUAUUCUUCGUUGCUCAAGAUUCAUAUUUUUCUAAUCUUUAUUGUUAUUAAGGUCUCUCUCUGUAAUGGUUUAAUCGAAACCCUAGCUGAAUCUUCUUCUUGAUCGGUAAGCGAUGGAAAUUGAUUCGGUACCGGAGGAGACGUUGAAACAAAAAGCUGAAACAUUGAAGGCGUUGGCUACUGGUCCUUUGGCAUCUUCUGUUUCGAAGCUUUCCGGUUCUUCCAGAGGUAUUCCUUCAGAUAAAGACUUCCAUUUCUUUUGCAACUUCGACGAAUUCAAAGUUCCGAUGAAAGAAAUCGCUGAGAAAUCUGAAUCGCUGUUGAAAAGUAUUGGUUCAUCGAGUUUUCUGUGGGGGAAAGAGAUGAUUUUUCCUCAAGAUUCAGAAGAAGCUUAUGACUGGCUGGUUAAUGUUAGUGAUGAGGUCAUUGAAAGAUGUGAUGUUUCCAUGGAUGAAUUUCACAGGAUGAGGAAGAAAGAAGAGGAUGGCGGGAAACGUAUCAGUUCGAUCAUCUCUGAAGAUGGGUUUCAGUUGGUUUCUGGGAAAAAGAAGAAGGCAGGUAGUAACAGUUUGGAGAAUGUGAAGGGAGAUGAUUCGUCUCCUGUGACUUCAGUGAAGGUGGCUUCAAGGGAUAAGAAGACAACAGGGGCGAGACCACGCGUGCCAUUCCAUAUACCAUCCAUUGUUCGACCCCAAGACCAAUAUAAAAUAAUGGUUAACAACUCGAACCAGCCGUUUGAGCACGUUUGGUUGAAGAGGAGUGAGGAUGGUAGCAGAUUUAUACACCCUUUGGAGGAGCUCUCUGUGUAUGAUUUUGUUGAUAGAAACAUUGGCAAUGUGGAAUCAGUAAAACCGCUCCCUAUAGAGAGUACCCCUUUUAAGCUCAUUGAAGAAGUCAAGGAUUUGAAGGAGUUGGCUGCCAAGUUGCAAAAUGUGGAUGAGUUUGCAGUUGAUUUGGAGCAUAAUCAAUAUCGGUCCUUUCAAGGAAUGACGUGCUUGAUGCAAAUUUCUACUAGAAGUGAAGACUAUGUAGUUGAUACACUAAAACUUCGGGUACUUAUCGGUCCACACCUCAGGGAAUUGUUUAAAGAUCCCUUGAAGAAGAAGGUUAUGCAUGGGGCGGAUCGUGAUAUUGUGUGGCUUCAACGGGAUUUUGGCAUAUAUAUCUGCAACUUGUUUGACACUGGACAGGCCUCUAGGGUGUUGCAAUUAGAGAGGAACAGUUUGGAGUAUCUCCUGCAUCAUUUUUGUGGAGUCACUGCAAACAAGGAAUACCAAAAUGCGGAUUGGAGAUUGCGCCCGAUUCCUGAUGAGAUGCUUAGAUACGCAAGAGAAGAUACCCAUUAUCUGUUGCAUAUCUAUGAUCUUAUGAGAGCCAGGUUGCUUUCAGCACAAGCAGAUUCUGAAAGUGGUGAUGAUCUUCUGUCAGAGGUCUACAGACGCAGUUAUGACAUAUGCAUGCAGCUUUAUGAGAAAGAGCUUUUGACAGAUACUUCAUAUCUCCACGUAUACGGGUUAGGGGGAGCUAAUUUCAAUGCACAACAGCUGGCUAUUGUUGCAGGGCUUUGUGAAUGGAGAGAUGUUGUUGCGCGAGCAGAGGAUGAAAGCACUGGCUAUAUACUGCCAAACAAAGCUGUUCUUGAAAUCGCCAGGCAGAUGCCCCUUAAUGCUGGAAAGCUCAGGCGUCUAGUUAGAUCAAAACAUUCUUACGUUGAGCGCAAUCUUAGUUCUGUACUUAACAUCAUCGAGAAUUCAAUCCAAAAUGCUGCUUCUUUUGAAACUGCAGCUGAGCAACUAAAGAAGGGUCAAUUAGAAAGAGCAUCAGAUGAAAAUGUGGAAGUGAUAGCUGUUGAAUCUGAUGCCUUACCAACUAUGGCGAUCCCUACAAGAAUGCUGGCUGCGGCUGCUGAAACAAUGAACACAAAUGGUGAUUAUGAUGAUUCAGUAAAUGGGAAGAUAGGUGAAUGCAUAAGAGUACCGGUCAAGGAAGAGACUUUAGCAAUUGUGGGAAAUGCUUUUGAAAGUGAUACAUCCAGAAAAGGAGGCCCCUUUGAACUACCUUGCGAAGCUGGAAAAAUAAAGAAUGAACAGGAUUAUGUGUUAGAGCUUCCAAAGGGAAGCCCUGCUCUUUCAGCACAAUUGGGUGACACAAAUAUUGAGAUGGGCUCUAAAACUUCGGCAAAAACUGUUACUGGAGCCACUGUCCAAAUGCUGAAGAAGCCAAGCAGAGCUUUUGGAGCACUACUGGGGAGUUCAACCUCAAAGAGAAAGCUUAAUCCAGAUAAAAAAGUGGAGCAUGCUGAUCCAGUUCAUGAUAGGGUGGCUUUGGUUGGUGAUCAUGUAAACUCUAAUGGAGGGUUGCAUGAGGACGUUAAUGAUCUAGGGCAAAAGAAAUCAUUUGUGGCAGCAGUUGGCAGGAAGACUUUGCCGAAUGUGGAAGCUCUGCCUGAUCCUGUGAAGGGAGUAGAUAUAACUCGGUUGCAAAUCUCUCAAAUUGCUUAUGAAGAACAAGUACAGAAACAUAUAUUUGCUCUGAUUGGAAGAUUAAAUCUUCAUUCCUUGUCCCUGCAAACGGUGAGACAUUUUGCGCUUUCUUCAUGGCGAUUGCAAAAAAGAGUUGAUGUUAUUCCUUUAGGGAAGGGAUUUGUUUUAUUCCGAUUUGGGUCUGAAGCAGACAUGUUGGGGGUCUGGAAACAAGGGCCCUUCAAGAUUGAAGGCCAAGUUCUGCAUUUUGAGAGAUGGAGGCCGGACUUUAAUGUCCAUAUGCAAAAAAAUACUCAUAAGUUGGUAUGGAUCCGCUUCCCCGGUCUUCCUGUGGAAUACUGGCAUGAGGCGAUCCUUUUGUCUUUGGCAAAAGUGGCAGGUAGACCGUUUGCAAUUGACAAACGAACCCAAGGAUCUAUCUUUUGGCACUUUCCAAGGGUAUGUGUUGAGAUUGAUGACUCAAUCCCAAGGGUGGAGGAGGUUAUUGUCGAAAGAGAACAGAGCGGUUGUUCAGACUUGUAUCAAUUUAAGCAACAAAUUGUUUACGAAGAACAGCAGAAGCGUUGUGGUAUUUGCGAGAAGUUUGGACACACUGUUGAAGAAUGUCGAAUUAUUUCCAUUGCUCUAGGUUCUGAUCCACUGGUUUCUGGUGUGAAACAUAAUAAGAAUGUUCAAAAUAGGGCUGCUGCUGCGGCAAAUGGUCGAUCAGGUGAUGGCCUGCCCUAUGCUGGUCGUGUUCCUUUGCAUACUGAUAUCAGAGGUAGGGAGCCUUCCUCUAGUGGCAAGGAUACUUUGGUUCCCUUGGUUCAUGAGUCAGAGCAAAUGAGGGUUCCUUCUUUUGGUCAUGGCAGUGCAAGUGAUGGUUAUGUUGCCAAAUGUGAUGAUAAUUGUGGUGCAUCGUAUCAUGGUGAUGAGAUGCAAUCGUCAGUUAAGCUGAAUGAAGAGAACAGGUCGGUGGAUGAUAUUCACAAUGAUGUGCAAGGGUUUGAGAGGUUUCCGGUGGUUGAUGGUAGAGAUGGGUUUGCGACAAUCUAGCUUACUAGAAAGUAGGGCUGCCUUCUUGGUCUGACAUGAUUUAACAAGGAACUUCCUGUCCUGCUGACAUUUCAUCAUAUAAAUGGCCUGCUAUCACCGCUGCCUUGGACCGUUGCAAACCCAUUUGGAGGCCCAUAUCAAGAUGAACUGGGUUCAACUACUGUUUGUUGGUUCAGUAGGAUAUUUAAGGAGAUUUAUUUUACUUGGGAGAAUAUUAUUUGUUCUUUUGUUUUGGGUAGAGGUUAGAUACUAAGGAUAUUUCAGUUUUAGUUUCCUUGUUUAAGUUUGCUUCAAGUUUCUUUGUUUGGGUGCAUUCUUUUCAUUAAUAUGCUUGUAAAUCAAUGAUUUAGAGAGUGAAUAAUGGAAUCAAAGUUUGAGUA